GCGAAUCAAACGGAGACACACAACAGAGAGAGAGACUUUUCUCUCUUCAUUCUUUUUUUUGUUUUCUACAUUUUUUGUUCUCUCGAGUCUCUGCCAUGGCGAUGGCAAAACGGGUAAUUUCGGUCACUCUCUUGGCCAUCAUGGUAAUAACCUCUCGGGCACGAAGUCAACGAGGCGAAGAAGCGGCGGAGGCGGACAGGAUUACGUCACUUCCCGGGCAACCCGACGUCACGUUCGAGCAAUACUCCGGCUACGUCACUGUCGACGUAGUCGCCGGAAGAGCUCUCUUCUAUUGGCUUACCGAAGCUUCUCUUCUUCCUUCCUCCAAACCUCUUGUCGUUUGGCUCAACGGAGGACCGGGAUGUUCAUCGGUGGCGUACGGGGCAUCAGAAGAGAUCGGACCAUUCAGGAUAAACAGGACAGGAAAUGGACUGUACAUGAACAAGUUCGCGUGGAACUCACUCGCCAAUCUCUUGUUCCUCGAAACUCCCGCCGGUGUCGGGUUUUCUUACAGCAACCGUUCCUCCGAUCUCUUCAAUACCGGCGAUCUCCGUACCGCUAAAGAUUCGCUCCAGUUUCUCAUUCAAUGGCUGAAUCGUUUCCCGCGGUAUAAAAGCCGUGAAAUCUACAUUACCGGCGAGAGCUACGCCGGCCAUUACGUUCCUCAACUCGCACGUGAAAUCUUGAUCUACAACAAACGAUCCAAGAACCCCAUUAAUCUCAAAGGAAUCAUGGUCGGGAACGCUGUGACGGACAACUACUACGACAACCUAGGAACGGUGAAUUACUGGUGGAGCCAUGCAAUGAUAUCCGACCGGACGUACCAUCAGUUGAUGAGCACGUGCGACUUUAGCCGUCAGAAAGAGGCCAACGAGUGUGAAACGCUCUAUUCUUACGCAAUGGAGCAAGAGUUUGGCAACAUCGAUCAGUACAAUAUCUACGCUCCGCCCUGCAAUAAGUCUGACGACGGAAGCCCCUCCGGCCAUGGCCGCCGCAGCAUGCGUCUCCCCCACCUUCCCCACUCUGUAAUGAAGAAGCUUGCAGGGUAUGAUCCGUGUACGGAGAGAUACGCCGAGAUAUAUUACAACAGGCCUGACGUUCAGAGAGCUCUUCAUGCUAACAUAACCAAGAUCCCAUAUAAAUGGACCGCCUGCAGGGAAGGGCUGAACCGGAAUUGGAACGACACCGACACGUCGGUUCUGCCGGUAUACCGGGAAUUGAUAACCGCCGGUCUGAGAAUUUGGGUUUUCAGUGGAGAUGUGGAUUCAGUGGUGCCAGUGACGGCAACGAGGUAUUCGCUUGCAAGGUUGAAGCUGAACACCAAGAUCCCUUGGUACCCUUGGUACGUCAAGGACCAGGUGGGAGGGUGGACGGAAGUGUACGAGGGUUUAACGUUUGCGACGGUGAGAGGGGCUGGUCAUGAGGUGCCGUUGUUCAAGCCAAGGCCUGCCCUUCAGCUUUUCAAGUUUUUCUUGAGAGGCGUCCCUCUUCCUAAGGCUUGAAGAUGAUGGAUGGGGUUGAUAUUGACAAAAACAAAACUUUGAGGUUAAUAAUAGGAAUUUGUGUAAAAUUGGGGGCCCUAGGAAGGAAUUCAAAUACGGAAGCGGGGGAAUGUGUAAUUUUCCUUUUGAUCGAUCAAUGUAAAAGAAAAAUCAAAACAAAAUCGUUAAAAACGUGUUACGAGUAAAAAUCAACGUGUUAUCUUUUCA